AUGUUCCUGUUGCCCAGUAAAGUCACAUCAGCUUUUCUAAAAUCUACAGGCCUGUUUGCUAGGUUUCCUUUGUUAAGUAGAACCAUUUCAAACUCUUCCUCUCUUCCUUCUUAUGAACUAUCAAAGGAUGUAGCCAGAAUAUCAACUUUGCCUCCAAGACCAAAAAAAAUUGUUGUCGCGAUUACUGGCGCGACUGGUGUUGCGUUGGGAAUCAGACUUCUCCAAGUGUUAAAAGAGUUGAGCGUUGAAACACAUUUAGUAAUAUCAAAAUGGGGUGCAGCGACAAUGAAAUAUGAAACAGAUUGGGAACCACAUGACGUAGCAGCAUUGGCAACUAGAACAUACUCUUUUCGGGAUGUUUCCGCAUGCAUUUCAUCUGGAUCUUUUCAGCAUGAUGGUAUGAUUGUGGUACCCUGUUCCAUGAAAUCACUAGCUGCGAUUAGAAUAGGUUUCACAGAGGAUCUAAUCACGAGAGCUGCUGAUGUUGCAAUUAAAGAAAACCGUAAGUUACUAUUAGUUACUCGAGAAACACCUUUAUCCUCUAUCCACCUUGAAAACAUGCUGUCCUUAUGUAGGGCAGGUGUUAUAAUAUUCCCUCCAGUGCCUGCAUUUUAUACAAGACCCAAAAGUAUGGAUGACCUGUUGGAACAAAGCGUCGGUAGGAUUUUAGACUGCUUUGGCAUCCACGCUGACACUUUUCCUCGUUGGGAGGGGAUAAAGAGCAAGUAG